AGGAAGAACAUUCCGUGUUCUUGCCACCAGUCAGGGGAGCAACCUCUGUCUCCCUGAUCAUAUCUGGGUCUCCCCACGACCACUGCAUGGAGAAUCUGCAGGUUGCUGAGUGACCCACAUGUCUCAGCUCCUGGAAAGGAUGACUUCUGUCCUGUGGCUGGCCCUGGCCUCCUACAUUCUGACCCUGUCAUCUACAGAGCAGCAAGGUUACAGAAACUCCACCAACAGCGGUUCCUAUGAAGAGGACUUGGAUUGCGGAGCCCCUGGCACCCCAGAGGCCCAGCUCUGUUUUGACCCCUGCCAGAAUUACACCCUCCUGAAUGAACCCUUUCGAAGCACAGAGAACACAGAGGAUGUCCAAGGCUGUGACAGCGACAAACACGGCUGGUACCGAUUUGUGGGCGACGGAGGAGUGAGGAUGCCGGAGGACUGUGUCCCCGCCUUCCGAUGCCAGACGUCUGCGCCCCUGUGGCUGAAUGGCACCCAUCCCGGCCUCGGGGAGGGCAUCGUCAACCGCACCGCCUGUGCCCACUGGAGUGGCAACUGCUGCCUCUGGAAGACAGAGGUGCUGGUGAAGGCCUGCCCAGGCCCGUACCACGUGUACCGGUUGGAGGGCACCCCUCAAUGUAAUCUGAGAUACUGCACAGACCCUGCCACCUCGGAGCACAAGUGUGACAGGACCUGCCGCCCCGAGGAGGAGUGUCGCCUCGUCAGUGGCACCUGGGGCUGCUUCUGCAGACAGGACCUCAACGUCUCCGAUGUACACAGUUUGCAGCCUCAGCUGGACUGUGGGGACAAGGAGAUCAAAGUGUCACUGGACAAGUGUCUGCUGGGAAGCCUGGGUUUUGGAGAUGAGGUCCACGCCUACCUGCAGGACGGGAACUGGAACUGCAGCAGCCUCGGGCAGAGUGAAGAGAACUGGAUAUCUGUGACCGAUCCCACCCAGGCUGGUGCCUGUGGAAACAUUCUGGAGAGAAACCAGACCCAUGCCAUCUACAAAAACACCCUCUCCUUAGUCAACGAUUUCAUCAUCAGAGACACCAUUCUCAGCAUCAGCUUCCAGUGUGCCUACCCAUUGGACAUGAAAGUCAGCCUUCAAACGGCCCUGCAGCCCAUUGUAAGCUCCCUGAACAUCAGUAUGGAAGGGGAGGGCGAGUUCACUGUCAGGAUGGCCCUCUUUCAAGACAAGGACUACAGGUCUCCUUAUGAAGGGACUGCAGUCACGCUGUCUGUUGAAUCCAUGCUCUAUGUGGGCGCCAUCUUGGAGAGAGGGGACACGUCCCGAUUUAACCUGGUGUUGAAGAACUGCUAUGCCACGCCCACUGAAGACAAGACUGACCCUGUGAAAUACUUCAUCAUCAGGAACAGCUGCCCAAAUCAACGUGAUUCCACUAUCUCCGUGGAAGAGAAUGGGGUGUCAGCAGAAAGCCGGUUCUCAGUUCAGAUGUUCAUGUUUGCUGGAAAUUAUGACCUAGUUUUCCUGCAUUGUGAGGUUUCUCUCUGUGAUUUCAUUAAAGAAGAGUGCCAACCGUCUUGCUCAAGAAGUCAACUCCGCAGUGAAGCAGUGGCUAUCGACCCAGCCCGAGUUCUAGACCUGGGACCCAUCACUCGCAAAGGUGCCCAGCCUCUUGGUGUCAUGAGUGGAACACCCAACACUGCAGGAUUCCUGGUGGCCUGGCCCAUGGUUCUCCUGCCUGUCCUCCUGGCUGGGCUAUUCUGAGAGCUCGGCUGGGCAUCUGGCCUUGAAGCUUGUGUUCUUCCCUCUGGCGAUGGCUUCUAGUCACCCUGCAGCUCUGCUGGUUCUGUCUUCAAACAAAUCAUGUUGUCUCCAGGCCUGACUAGUUCUGGAGAAAAAGAAGAGCUUUCCCUUGUUUAACACUCUCAGUCCUUUGUAUUCCUCUUUUUCUCAUGGUGGGGGCUCUGACACCUGGCCUGGACUGACUUUUCUCAUUCAUUAGCAGGCUCUUGAAAGCAAACUUGCUAGGUGCUUGUGUGUCUACAAGUAUAACACAUGUUCAUAGCUUCAGGGAAGAGGGGCUGUGUCAAUGAGGGGAAGGAGCAGGGGCAGAGCUUGUAAAAGAGGCACCCUCCACGAUCUUCGGAAGCGCCUCCAUUCUGACUGCCAAUAAAUUGAACAGACUGAU